AUGGCUUUGGCUAGAAAGGUCGAUACAAUCUCAGCCCUUAAUCCUUCGAAAGAAACAUGGAACAUUGUUUCCAAAGUUGAGCGUCUAUGGGUUAGCUCGAGUCUGUAUGGUUCGAAGUUACCAUUUUCCAUGGAUAUGGUUCUGCUUGAUUCCAAUGGCGACAAGAUUCACGCCACCGUCAGCAAGACUUUGAUUUAUCGUUUCCAACCUCUGUUAACAGAGGAUAGGGUUUAUCGAAUCUCUUUUUUUGGGGUUGGAAAGUGUGGUCGUGAUUUUAGGACAACCCGUCAUCCCUACAAGAUCAAUUUCCAGAUUCAUACAUCUGUUCGUGUACUUACCAAUACUCAGAUUAAUCCAACUCCAUAUUCUUUCAUGCCCAUUUCGGAAAUCAUAUUCAAUGACCCCGACACUUCUUUCCUGAUAGAUGUUAUUGGAAUAUUAACUGGGGCAAGUGCUGAGCAGGAGUUUGAGAAAGAUGGUGUUAGGCAGAAGAAGAUCACCCUUGAGCUUGAACAGGAUGGUGUUAGAAUGGAAUGUGCUUUUUUUGGCAAAUAUGUUGCUGAGAUUUUGGGUCAUCUCUCAUCUGGAAAUAUGACUAAUGCUGUGGUGGUUGUGCAUUAUGCUAAAAUUAAGCCUUUCAAGGGUAAGGGGAGUAUUCAGAAUGUUUAUGGUGCUACAAAGAUUUUGUUUAAUCCGCAGCUCGAUGAGGCCAACAAAACUCGGGAAAGUUUUUUCGAGAGGAAUGAUCCUGCGUCUCAAGUUCUGAGUCAGCUUCAGGAUUCUGGUCGGAUAUCUGUUGAAGAGGAUUUAUUGAGGCAAACUGAUGGUAAAACCAUACAGCAAAUUAAGGAUCUUGCUCAGAAAUCGUACUGUGUUGUCCUUGGUACUGUGAAGUACAUUUCUGAUGGCAUGGACUGGUAUUAUCCAGCUUGCAAGUGUAGUAAGAAAGUGUUUCCUGCUGAUGGAAUGUAUUUUUGUGAAGCUUGCAAUCGACAUGUUGUUUCUCCAUUGUACAAGUUUCGUAUUCAACUUCGAGUCAUGGAUUCCAAUGAUAGUGCUACUUUUGUGGUGUUUGAUCAAGAGGCUUCUGCUUUGCUGAAUAAGAGUUGUGCUGAAUUAGUUGAUGCUUCUAACAAAGCUGGACUUGAUGCUUCUAAUGUUCCGGCUGAAAUUUUGGAACUGAUUGACAGGACUUUUCUAUUCAAAAUUGAAGUGUCAAAUAGCUCAAACUCCAUAUAUGAGCCUUCCUAUCGUGUUAAGAAGAUUUGUUCCGAUACUGAUAUUAUUUCUCAGUUUGUCACUAACUUCCCCCCAUCGGAGGAUCUGAACGCUGAUUUCGCUGUUGCUGUUGAAGUACCCUCAACUGAGCCGCCAUCCGGAAAAGUUGUUGAUUUGGGUUCUGAUUCUCAGAACCUCACACCUUAUGCUGGGUCUUCUUCUGAGAGCGGGCAAAAGAUGAAGACUUUGAGUGAUGUUGCUGUUAAUGUUGUUGGUUCUCCUGCAUCUGGCGGGUCAGUUGAAUCUUCUACCUCUGGCAAGAUGAAACUGAAGGUGAAAUUGGAGAACAUGAAAGAAGAUAGGAAUGAGAAACUUAAGACUCUUCAUGCUGAGGUUGUUGCUGCGGUUGUUGGUCCAAGUCUUUCUACUGAUAAUGGAAUUGAUGUUGCUGAUUCUUCUGCUGAAGCAUCUCCUCCUACCAAGCGCCCUUCCCCUCCUGAUGUUGAUGUGAAGUGUCGUUCUGCCGGAAACAAGAAGAUUUUGAAAGCUGUUAAGAAGGAAAAGAUUUAA